UCGUUUCCUACCGCUGGACUCAGUGAAGUUGACGAGCAUUUUUUUUCUUUUGGUAAACAGAAAGUACGUGAGUUUUCAGAGGACAGUGUGCCGGGGAAUAUGAGGUUUUCAGCCACACACCUAAAUGUAGUGAUCUCAUGUAAAAGAUUGUUGAUUUUGUUUUUGUUCGGGUAUUUUGUAGGCACAUUAUUUGAUUAGCGAAGCCACACUGCUAACUAGCUACUGGCAAGGUUAGCCAACGGCGAACCUGAGCGUCAGUGGGACCGUGUGGUUUAUUAUCCUUCUUUGUUGUCAAGUCAGGACGGAUCUAUCGCUUUAUAAAACAGUAGGGAGGACCAGGGAUUUGAAUGGCAGUUGCCACCGCCUCAAUGGCGGAAAGCAUCAUUAUCCUCGAUGAUGACGAAGAGGAGAGUCCUCAGCCCUCCUGCUCCACUGCCGCCUCUUCCUCUCGGCGUCCGACCACCCACACCUCGCCGCUCAGAGCCCGGCAGCCUGCCCCUACCCACAUCACCCAGUCACCUUUUGCCUCAGCGAAGAAGGACAGCCAUGUUUUACAGGCAGAGAAUCAGAAAUUGUUCACUGAGUUUGUGCAGCACUGCUCAUCUGUCACCCAAGAUUGUCCUGAGGUCUUGACUUUUCUCCAAGCCAAGCACACCAAGGCCUCUCCUGAGUUUCUGUCGUCAGUGGAGUUCAGGAACACUUUGGGCCGAUGUCUGACACGCGCUCAGGCCAACCGUUCCAAAAUCUUUGUGUACAUCAACGAGCUCUGCACCGUGCUCAGGCAGCAUGCCGUCAAGAGGAGGCUGCCCCUCACCAAGGCCGAGCCUGGUCCUCCUACCUCAGCCUCAGUUUCUUCCCCGUCUACCUCUGUAUCACUAAAAAGUAAGGAUAAGACCAAAGUACACGCAGUUGCAGAGGAAGAAGAGGUGAAAAAGGAGGGGAUGAAUACGGGAGAAGAUGAUGAACCCUCCACCUCAGGGCUGCAAGAGGACAGAGAGGAUAAAAAUGGGCAGGAGCAGGAAGAGACAGAGAAAAAGAAACGGAGGGCAUCCAGGAGACAGAUAGCGUACCUGGAGAACCUGCUGAAGGUAUACGACGACGAGAUCCGCCGUCUGCAGGAGAGUGAGCUGAGUUUGAACGACCUGGGGGCCGAGGACUCUGGGUACAUUCAGGAGCAUAAACUCAAACGCAAGAUGAUGAAGAUCUACGACAAACUGUGUGAUCUGAAGGGCUGCAGCACAUUAACAGGGAGAGUCAUUGAACACAGGAUCAGCUACACUAGCACACGAUAUCCAGAGAUCAACAAGAAGAUUGAGCGCUUCAUCAACAGUCCUGAGGCCCAGAGGAACCCUCCAGAUUACCAAGACAUACUGCAGCUGGUCCUGCGAGCCAAUGAGCGCUACAAUCUCUGCCUGAGCAGAAAACAGAUGAACCAGAUAGCCCAGGAGGCCUUUAGAGAGACAGGGAGCUCUCUGCAGCAGAGACGGCACCUUGACCUGGUGUACAAUUUCGGCUCACACAUCACCGACGAGUACAAGCCAGCCUCAGACCCGGCUCUGACGGACGCCACACUGCUCCGUAAACUGCGUGACAACAGGGAGACGGCUCUGUCCAACCUGGAGGAGGUCAUCACGAGGUAUGCCGUCAGACAAGAUGACAUCGAGGAGCAGGAGAGGAACAGGCGACUGGAGAGAGACAGGCUGGAGAGAGAGAGCCACAUGUCAGAGGAGGGGGAAGAAAGAACAGAAGUGGUGAAUGGAGUGGCAGAAGAGGAGCAGGAAGAAGAGGAGGAAGAUGAUGAAGAUGAUGAAUCUUCAGAUCCAGACAUAGAGGAGGAGAUUCAGGCCAGCAUUCAGCAGAUUGGACCAGAUGAUAAUGAAGAAGAGGAAGAUGACAGCAAUGAGGCACAGCAAGCGAAUGACAACAUUAGCAAGGAGGAGCAGGGGGCUGAGUUGUCGGGGAACGUUAGUCCAGAGGAACAGGGAAGCGAUAACGUGCCAGUCACAAGCAGGUUCAGUCCGGUCUCCAGUGAGGACAAGCCAGGAAUUUCCCCAUUGUCCGAUAGCCCCUCCCCGAGAGACAGUCCCAGCCAGUCGGAGCCCUUGCAGUCCAAGAACAAGAUGCCCAAUAGCAACCUUAAGGGAAAAGAGGAGGCUGUGGAGUCCUCUAAUCACAUGCCAGUUGUGCUGGUGAGCACCAGCGAGCUCUCUCAGGCCACCACGGACCAUUCCCCAGCUGCAGCCAAUCACUUUUCCUUGCCCCCAUCACCUGUAGUGGUCCUAUCCAAUGAGGACUCUUCCACAGAAAAAUGUGACACACAGACCACCAAUGGGACGUCACCACCACCGAGCCCAAGAACUACCAGGAGCAGAAAGCGGAAGAGGGAGGAAAUCAUUUCAAGGAAAUCCGUAAAAUGUACAGUCAUCCAUGACAGUGAGGUAGACAUCCCCCUCGAUAUGGGUGUUUUGAGCGGCAGUCCUCCUCAUCAGGCUGAGUCCACCAGAGCAGACACACCCAACCAGGAUCUGGUUACCAGCUCACAGUCAACACCGCCUCCUAAGAAAAACAAGGUCAACGUGGCCACCCAGUGUGACCCAGAUGAGAUCAUCGUCCUGUCAGACUCAGAAUGACCUUUCACCCCUGACAUUUUACACUACUGGGAGAUUGUUCUACAUCUCAAAUGAUUCCUGGGACCGGUAUCGCAAAAAUACCUCAUCACCAAGAAUGUCCUCGUCUGUUGGCUUUGAAAAGAGGAAGAAGCAGAAUCUAUCUGUAAAAGGUGUUUUUCUAAACAGCUUCAAAUGCUGAUAUAAAAUCUAGCUUUCGAACACCAGGAAAAAAAUUCAUUAGUACCUCAUAUCACUGCAUUAAAUAUGAAUAUAAAGGAAAGAUGUAUGUUUUCAAGGACUAUAAAACAAUAGACUCCAACAGGACAACAUGAACAGAGACAUGAAUGAUUUUGGGAAACCACCUCGAUUGUCCUCUUGUAUGUACACAGGCUAACUGAUCACUGGAAGUGUUUCCAUUUUCUGUGACCAGAGAAACAUCUGCUAAUCACCCUGGGGUUUUUUUUUCCUUGUUUGUUGGCAUAGAAAAGUUGCGUUGCUAUAUUUCCUGCUCAUCAAUGCAAAACUAUGGCCACAAAUGACUUCUCCUUGACUUCUACCGUGAACCUUUGCUAAUGUAGUUAAGGUAAAUGCAAGAAGCCCUCUCCACCACCUCUGCCACACAACCAAUCCAGUGCCUGAAAAUGUGAAUAAGUGGGUGUGUGCUCCAGAAGUGGGGAGAGAGACGGUAGUUUUGUUUUCACACUCUUGACUGACAGUGUCUGUGGGACUUAACUGCCAGUUUGUUUACAUUUUUAUAUUUAGAUAGUUUUUUUUUUUUUUUCAAAGAGAAGAGGCAAUUGUAGCCCUGUAUAAAAGCAUUUUGAGAUGAUAUUGUCUUACAUGCCCUUUUUGCUAUUUAUGAUAUGCAUUGAGUGAGUGAGUUGUAUGGUAGUUUCUACUCUACUGCUGUGAGAGGUGGCGACUGCAAUGGUGUCAAAGAGACACAUUGAGGUUUUUCUUCCUUUUUUUCUUUUUCUUCAGAAAGAGUUUCUAUUUUUUCAUGCAAACGAAUCAAAUUACUGCAAAUGCCAUUGUUAGCGUUCCUCAUUCAGACCUAUGGGUCCCGUCAGCUGUGAGCUAGCUCAGCAGCUUUUAGUGUGAGCGUUGACAGAUAAUAUGCCAUGAAAUGAUUGAGUCUCAAAUCCAAGUUAGCUGAAGGAUAAAAGCAGAAAUCCUUUUAACGUUUAUGGACUUAAUUAGUAACACCAUGCACCGAAGAGUUCCAUUACACAUGUGCUUCUGUCUAGCCCAGAUAACUACUUUUUGUAAUGCGGUCAGUGGAGAUCGACUUAGACUCGAAAAUUUAAACCUGUCCAAAACCACAACCCAAGGGAUAAUUGUCCAGUUCUGCUGUAUCUUUCUUUGAGACCAAAUCAUUGUAUGGCACAUUAAUAAUUCUGUCUUGAUAAAUGGCUCUGUUUUUCCCCAAUACAUAUAUAUGUAUAUUUUUUAAUCAAGCUUGAAUCAGUGUGGUACCAUAAUAUUUGGGUGUCUUCACUGGGAGAGGUUCAUUCUCAAAUGCUAAAAUGCUAAACAAAACAAACAAGCAGUGACAACUAAAUCCUUAAAAGCCAACUACUAGUAAAGCCUGUACUCAUAAAUCCUGUCAUUUUAUAAAGUAUGAUUUUUUUUAUGUAGAAGAGAUAGUUACUUCAGUGCUAUCAUACUGUAGGUUCUACGUUCAUAUGAGCAAUCAGUUGUUACAGUGCUGUUUCAUUUGUGCUUGUUCCUUUUGUUUACCCUAAUGGUGACCCUAAUGGAGGAUAUGUUAUUUUGGAGUGAACCUCUUCCCCUGUACGGCAGUAUCCAAGUCUCCUUCCUCCAAACAAACAAAACUGGUAUUUACCAGUCACAUUUGUUGUUAUAGUUUGCCAGGUAAAAUCCACCUAUCAGCCGGUGGGCAACAGAGAAUGAAGUUUUCUCCUGACCUGGUGGUUAUUACUUGCCAUGUUGCUUGGUCUUGCAGUAGCAAUCAUCAGGAUUUGUUGUGGUCACCAUCGCUGAGUCCCUAGUUUUGGCGUUGGUUGAGUUAAUCCACACAUGAUAGUGCACUAAUGUUUAAAUAUGUUUGGACCCUGGCUUAGAUAAAAUGGGUCCAAGGCUUUUUUAAUUUCCCAAAACUGUUUUACUCCCCAAAUCUAUAAAUUUCCAAAUAGUUAACAGGGAAAUUGGGUUGGGUUCUCUGUUUAAAAACAAUUUUAAUGUUGAUUUGGAAAAUAGUUUUAUUAACUACUCAUAGGCUUCAGUUAUACAAAGAAGUGAUUCAUAAUUCACUGUGACUUUUUGUUUUGUUUAAAUUUUCCCUUUUUAAUAAUGAAAUAAAUGCAGCAGCGUCUUAGCUGCUGACUGUUGUAUUUUCA